AUGAACGAUCUUCUUACGGAGUCAUUUGAUAUCCCCCGUGGCCAAGGACGUGGAGGUGGUGACGUUGAGUUGGGAGACUAUGGAAGGAAUUCAGGAGAGCUUGGCUUGGAAAACUUCUUCAAAAAGGUUCAAGAGCUUGAUAAACAAUAUGCUAAGCUGGAUAACCUUUUGAGAAAGCUCCAGGACGCCCAUGAAGAGUCCAAAGGUGUUUCCAAAGCUCCUGCUAUGAAAGAUAUAAAGCAGAGAAUGGAGAAAGAUGUUGAUGAAGUUAAGAAAACUGCACAUCACUUAAAGACCAAGGUUGAAGAGCUGGACAAAGAGAAUUUGGCUAAUAGGCAGAAGCCUGGUUGUGGAAAAGGAUCAGCUGUUGACCGGUCAAGAACAGCAACGACAGUUUCCUUGAAAAAGAAACUGAAGGACAAGAUGGCUGAAUUUCAGAUUCUGAGAGAAUCCAUCCAUGAAGAAUAUCGCGAGGUUGUUGAGAGACGUGUAUUUACAGUAACGGGCAAACAAGCUGAUGAGGAGACAAUUGACAGAUUAAUUGAGACUGGAGACAGUGAACAAAUUUUCCAGAAAGCAAUUCAGGAACAAGGACGAGGCCAGAUAAUGGACACCCUCGCGGAAAUUCAUGAACGACACGAAGCAGUCAGAGAUGUUGAGAGGAAACUUCUUGAUUUGCAACAGAUAUUUAUGGAUAUUGCAGUGUUAGUUGAUGCACAAGGAGACAUGCUUGACAACAUAGAAUCACAGGUUUCAAGUGCAGUAGAUCAUGUGCAACAAGGAAAUAAUACCCUCCUAAAGGCAAAGAAACUGCAAAGAAACUCAAGAAAAUGGAUGUGUAUUGGCAUCAUGAUACUUCUCAUUAUUGUUAUAAUCAGUGUUGUUUCUAUCAUCAAACCAUGGGUCGCCAAACAGGGUGGUGCAUAG